AUGUACUUGGCUAUAAUCAAGCGUCAAUGUCUGAGACCCUCUGCGGUCUGUUUCAAUCAACUAAGCCGCGCUUCAGUCCAUGGAAAGGCCCAGUCAGGCAUGAAAGGCGAUGAGGACUUCUUUGUGACAACUACAUUCCCUGAUGAUUUCGAGGCAUCGCCAUUGAAGGCUGAGUUACUUCAGAAACAAGCUGAAGCUGAGGCUUCUUCCGGCCCUUGGGAUGAGGCUACUAUUGAGCAGCAUAAGAAGGAUAUCUAUGAAAGCCUUUAUCCUCACGAGGCGAACGAUGCUAUGAAUCAGAAGUCGAAACAGAAGACUCCGCCAGAGCCAGAGGCGGAGAGGGCUCCUAAUAUGGAUGAAUUGUAA